UAGCCAACGUCCUCAGUGCAGUGCCCACUGUCGGACGGAACUAGUGUUGUGAAGUGAAUGGUGUACGCUGAAUUUUAUUCUGCGAAAAUGAAGCUCUUUUGGUGCUGCUUUUGUGCAGUUUUAGCAACUGUAUCUGGAGCUGCGUUGGACGUAGAAAAAACUGUGAAACAAGUCCAAAAUAUAUUACAAUCAAAUCAAUUGUUACCAAGAUUGACUAGAAAUGAAAUAAUACAACUGCUUAAUGAUAUCAGAGCUGAAGAUGCCAAAUCAACAUCAACAUCAACUUCAACGUCGACAGAAUCAAAGGAAAAUAAAAAAGAAACAGUGACAACGCCUUACAGUACAAUCGAAAACGAAAUAAAUCCUCAAGAGCCGAAAUUAAAUCCAAAAGUAGUUGAUGGUAACAAAAAUGAGAAGGUUUCAUCCCCUCCUACGACCGUUGAAACGACCACGAAAAAGGCUGAACCCACAUUGAUGGUGGUUCUACCCUACACACCACGUGAUGGAUCUUCAUUACAAGAAUUAUAUACAAGACCACCAAGAACUGAAGUAGUUGCAUUGCCAAGUACUACCCCAAGACCAAAAAUAUCACAAACCAAACAAAACAAUGCAAAGCCAAAUAAUUACCUGCCCGAAAAACUGAUUGACAACUUCCCUGAAGAACUGCAAGCCUUUUUGGAUGCUCACGGCCUAGAAGGGAAACCAGGUCAAGAUCAUUUUCUACUACCUCUUGAAGGUUUCAAACCUCUACCACCCCCUAAAGUUGUAGAUGGUACAGUACAAUUACCAGAAAAUAUUCUACUUACUUAUGAUUUGAUAGCACCCAGCAGUGAUUCAACAACUAAGAACGAUGGGGCUUAUUCUUUAUCACCAAACAAUUUCUUGUAUGAACCACUACGUCCGGAAUUACCAUAUGAAUUAGACACAUCAUCUUCUGAAACAAAAGAAAUCAGCCUUCCGUAUGACAUGCCAGUAAGAAAAACUAAAUCAGUUCCUGUACCAAAUUACGAACCCAUUGACUACGAAGCAGUGAAAGUGAUACCAUUAAAUAAGGGUAUUAAUCCAAUUAAUGAACAAGUGAACACAAAUAAUGACCAAAGUAAAAGACAGGCAGAAGAAGCAAGUACAACAACGACUGAGAAAGUGGAAACUUCUUCAGCAGAAACUACUACAAGCACUACUACUGAAGAACCUAAAACAAAUGCUGUAAGUGAUUCGUCAGUAUCUGCAGAUGACUCAGGAGCUUCAAUAGCUGAUCUGGAAGAUUCAUUCGGAGGAGCAGCACCUUCAGUUCCCGGAGAUUCAGAACUCCCACCUCCAAGGAAAAAUGGCUUCUACUGGAUGCUUGACUGGAACAGUUUCUUAGAAGUAGGUGAUGGUGACACAAAAGUAAACAUUCGUUUCGAACCAAAAUUAGGUGAUCCUCAAAUGUUUUUACCAGUCACUGUCCCGUGAGUUAUUUUAGGUGGAUUGUAAUAUAUUUAUGAGUUCUAGUCUUUUGGUUAGUGUUAAAAAGGCCAAGUGUUUUUGUAAUUUGAUGGUGGGUGGGACGCUCAGUAUUUUUGUAACACCUAAUUACUGUUACCUAGAAUGGUUUGAUUGAUGAUAGGUAAUUAGAAAUAUUGGGUGCAUUACAAAUGAAAUUAACAGAUCGUGAAAAUUAGUUAAUUAACAACAAAUUAUUUUGUGAUGAUGUAACGACAUUCCAUUAUGUGACCUGUUAUCGAUUAUCCAAUUAAGUCAUGCAAAAACAUCAAUAUGAAUUCUGAACCGAACGUGAGUGUUCACGCGAGAACAAUUUACAAUACUUGUUUCAAACUCAUCUUUGGUAUGUUUCACGGUAUAAUGGAUUGAAGGAAUGUCGACUAUCAACAGGAAUCUUCAGAUGAAAUAUGAAAGCGGACUUAAUUAUUUAUGUAGAGCUAUAAGUGGGGGCUUAGUUUAAUAUUACUAUGUAAGAAGCCAUUUUGUAGA